AGGGCUUUACUGCGAAGACAGUUAUUGGAAAUUGUUGACAAGAUGGGAGAGGCUUCAGCUAAGGCUCAGAGUCUACAUGGUGCAAUAACAAGUGGAAGAAAGAUGGAAGUAUCAGACCAUAAGUUAUAUAUUAUGAAAGAUCAAGAAGGCUUAAGAGGCAAUGGUUCAGUGGUUGGUUUAUUAAAGACUGGUAGGAAGAGAUUAUUUGUGUAUGAUUUACAUGGUAAACAACAUGAAAUGGAACCGCUAUGUGUUUUGGAUUUUUAUGUUCACGAAUCUCGACAAAGAACCGGGUGUGGCAAACGCUUGUUUGAAUAUAUGCUACAGCAUGAAAAUAUACGUCCAUGUCAUCUAGCUAUUGACAGGCCGAGUCACAAAUUCUCACAGUUUCUACAGAAACAUUAUCAUUUACGAAAUCAAAUACCUCAAACUAACAAUUUUGUUGUGUACGAAGGAUUCUUAAAUCAAAAUGGUGGGUACAUAUAUUUUAUUAACUUUGGUUGA